CUUCUCCCCCCGUCCACUCUCUUGGCCACAAUCACUCCUGGUCUUCAUACCAUCCAUCCAGUCGGACACAGAUGCUGCCCACCGUCUAUCUCGGCGCGGUGCUCGCCGCGGUGGCCUCUGCCGCCGUCUUCGAUGAUGGCUAUCUCGGAUGCUACACCUCUGCGGCCGGUAUGACCGACCUGGGCACCUGGACCUACCAGUCGACGGGCUCCUGCUUCCAGCUGUGUGGCAAGAAUGACGCCAGCUACGCCGCCCUGACGAAGGGCAACGACUGUUGGUGCGGGGGCUCGGCCCCGGCGGAGACAGACCUGGUGUCAAACCGGCAAUGCAACCUGGAGUGCGUGGGCUAUCCCGAAGACAUGUGUGGUGGAAAUGACGUGUGGUCGAUCUAUCAGCUCGAACCGGGCUUUUCUGGCGGCGAUGACGGUGAUGACGGCGACUACGGCGACAAUGGCGACAAUGGCGACAAUAGCGACGACAUGGACGACAACGGUGACAACACCUCGACCACGACGAGCGCGGCCAGCUUCACCGUGUCGGCGAUCUCCAUCCCUACCACCAGCGCCGAAGCCUGGACGACGGCCACCGGCGCGGGAUCGGCAUCCGCAAGUGCCUCGACGAUUGUCGCGACGAGUGCUGCCCAGAGCCUCUCCUCGGCCAGCACCAUUCCCACCUCGUCCACCUCGGGGGCCAGUCGCCGGUACCGGUUCAUGUUUUUCUAGGGGGGAGGGGGGACAAUAUGAGAUCGCGGGGUCGCGGAGAAGGGUUCCCAGCCACCAGUUCACCGGCUCGAGGCAAGAGCCGGUCUAUCCUGUGUCGUAGCUGAAUUUGCAGCCUGAGUGGCCAUAUAAUGAUGUCUUGAUGUUGCCUUGCCCGACCAUAACGUCGUGGGAGAGUGUGACAUUCUACAGACUAAGUGUCGUUAGAUAUAUAUAAUCAUCGUGGCCGGCAGGAGUCAAGAGUCCGAAUGCUGCGCGGCGGGAGUAUGAAGUAUGCCAGAAUC